UAUUUUAAAAGCCUGGCGAUUUUAGAUACCGAAAUGACUUGCACGAUGAAAAAUUCGUUCAAAGAUACUCUACGAAUAUCCUGACAUAAUAAUCGUUCUGAGAUCAUCCUAGACCUUAUCAUUCGCAUAACUUCGUAGAUCGCCAACGAUAUCUCAAGAGCGCUUAUAAGUAUUUCCUUCGAAAUUAUCUUUUCGGAGAUAAUAUGCCACAAAAACAGAGAGACGAUAGGCCGAGCCAUUAUCGAAGGUAAUCUGCAACAACCUUUUGACGUGCCGGUAUGCCAUCUUGAUACCGUUUCAAAUACCUUAUGAAUUAUUAUCCCACGUGUGACUCGAUAAAUCAUAGUCGACAUUUCGAGAGAGGGGGAGAAAGAGCAAACGGCCUUUGAGUAUUUUCAUAAAAGCGUUAUCAAUGUUAAAUUCCGAAAACGAAUAAGAUAACGAACGCGGACGGAUAUCGAGGUUGAUUCACACGGCACUUCGACGUGCGCGACCUCGAGCUGUGCGAUCCCUGCGCGCGAUACAGCGUUGCGCUUUGAAUAUACGUGUCAUUGCGAUUUAGCGGGAAAAUUAGCGUGGAACGGUUUACACAUACUCCCCCCCUCUCCUCGCUUUCCAUUAAAAAGAAGUUAAUACACGGAGAUCGCGAUCGCACGAGACGAUUAACGCGAGGACGCGCGACGCGCCGCGCCAGUCGGAUCGAUUUCGCGCGCGUAUCGCCGCUCUUUUUUUUUUCGCUCGAACAAAAUACCUUUGUUCACCGCGCUCUGAAUUUCGUCGAAGUCGGGCGGUCGAUGCGUUCUCGUAGCGCAAUUGUUCCACUCUUGCAUGCGCUCUCUCGCAGCGCUCGCGGGCUCGCUUAUUAAUAACGGCAGGCCGCGUGGUGCAUUUGCGCGAAAUUUUAAGGCGUUAGAUGCGGCGUGGGCGGCGCGCCGUGAGAGGAGAGAGAGAGAGAGACGAUAUUUCAAGAUCGGCGACGAGAUCCGUCGACGGGCGUACCAAACUAAAAGGUAUCGACCUUGGUGUCGUCGCUGACACGGCUGACGCGGCUAAAGGAUAAGCGGUAGCCGCGCUUUACCGCUGACAAUGGAAUAUAAAAAUAAGAUGUAAAGGGAGAGAGAGAGAGAGAGAGAGAGAAGUAGAGAGAGGGCGGUAGAGGAAAAUACCGCUGAAAAUUGCAGCGUGCAAGGUCGAAGUGUAUUAAAUCCGUCGCAUACGGGCCCGCUGUCAGAUAUUAAUUGCCGCCAUCGUAAAAAUGUGGAGCUGCCUCUGUUCUCCGCAAGUGAUUUCAAUUUAUUCUGCCUUAAAAUUCCGUAAGUUCGGUACUUUGUUCCCUCCGUUCGUCCUUCUCUCUCUCUCUCCCCUCCCUCUCUCUCUCUCUUUUCAUCUUCGAUGCUGUCCGAAUCGUAGCUGGUGAUCGGUGGCAUAAAGAGGUUGCAACACGAGUUACGCGCGAGUGGCCGCGAGCCAGCGCCCAAGGUGCUAACAAGCCUAUGAAAUGACGUUCCGCUGAUAUCCGUCCGUGGAAUUCGCUAAUUGGGAGAUUCGAGGCGCGCAAGCCGCGGCGGUUGCGAAACGCCGUAAGCUCGAAAGGAAAAAAAAGUUACUCGCGGAAUAGAACGGAAGGAGCUUUUUUUUUUGCCCGAGAGGACCGUGAACUUCCGCUCGCACUCUGGAGACGACGAAAUGGCAAUCCUCUUUCUCUCCUUCGGAAGAAAAAGAAGCAGAGUACAUCCGCUUGGAACAGAUUGCAGCGCGUUCGCGUCAAGGAGUCAUCGAUUCCGUCUCGAGUGAUUCACGGAGUGGUCGGUUCAAUGUUUGCUUUAUACCCUGAGAGAAAGGUCGAAGUAUCACGUUGUAAUUUUUUUGUAAUUGUAAUUUUUCUCCUCGAUGUUUAUUGAUUCCAAAGAAAUCUGAUCGUGAUGAUGAAAUUAUACAUUUCUGCGAAAUUUAUCUCUUUCCUUUUAAUUAAUGGAUUUAUUUAUUAUGUAUAGAAAUAAAAUUUUAUUUCGCUGUAUUUAAAUUAAGAUUUUUUUCAGCGAAAUAGAUUUAUGACCCAAUUAUUGAUUUUUAAUCUUUUUCCAGUGCUUAUUUAUUUUUUUCCUGACAUUUUUGAGAACCCGCUAUGCAAUAUGUUUGACGAAUUCAAGCAAGUCAUUGCAUCAUUGUGAAAAAUUGUUUGCCUAUCAUGGCCGAAUUGAAAUUUCCUUCUUUCUCGAUAGGACAAUCGAUAGCGGAUAUCGUGCUCCUCGGGUCGCGUUGUUUCGGAAGCAGACGUCGAGCACGUCCGAAGCGAGAAAAUAAGUUUCGGUGAUGUCAGAGGCACGUCGAUGUCGGAAACCCGCAUCGUAGGCCGCCCGCUGCGUUCGUUCCUACAGUUCCUAGCUCUCUUUGUUCGUUGGUCUAUAAGAGAGCGCACUAAAAUUAAUACGCUUUCUCGAUAAAUAUUUUCGCCUUAUCGGGGGAAGAGAGAGGCCUAGAAUUCCAGAUUUGACGGUUAAAAUGUACAAUGCGGAUAUUUAAAGUGGCUCUCGUCCCUGUUUGACUCUCUUUGUUUGCCGACGAGAGCUAGCGAGUGUCAGAAUUAUAUCGCGCUUUCUCAAGCGAUACCGUUAAGUUUACCGAGAGGGAAGACGACGUGUCCCUCGGCUUAUCGUGGGAUAGGUGACUCAGAUUUUCCGUCGGGAUUUUUAAGAUAAGAAUUUGAAUAAAAAAACUUUGCCAGGACGGAAAACACAGAAACUGUGGUAAUUCUAGCGUGCAUAUUAAUAAGCGUCAAGAAACAGGUAUAUGUUUACACGUGCGCGAUUAUUAGACUUUAAAAGAUGUAUCACGUCGAAUGACAUAUUGCGACCUUACGCGGAAUAAGAAAUAUGUAACGGCAUCAUUCCUAUUAAACGGGUGUAUAAUUAUUUUAAUGGAAUAAUCGACGUGAGUGGACGCCUCGUCGUAACGGUGCGUAUGUACGGUGAGGCGUCUGCUUUUUCCUUUUUCUUCCUUUUUUUUUUUUAUGCGGGCAAUUUGUAAACGCGUUAUUUUACGCGUUAUUUACGCGAUUAUUACGCUUAUCGGCGUUUAAGACACGGCGCGAGACAUGGGAGACAAGAAAGAUUAGCGCGCGAGCUAAAAAAAACAAGCAGCGUCAUGUACGUAUAAAGAUACACUUUUACGGCGGUAUGUCGUCAGCGGUAAUAGUAAUAUCAUAUCCGCGGAAUAUUUCGCUGACUUAGGCGUAUACCGACCGGUCGUUGGAAAUUCUCGUCGUUGUGAUCGCAGCAAUUUAUAUGUUAAAAUUAUUCAUAUUCUUCCGGCAGAUGGGAAAAGACAUAUAGACUCUCUCUUUCUCUCUCUCUCUCUCUUUCGGAAGAGUAUAUAUUUUCGAGCUUAACGAGCGUGAUGUCGUCCGCACGCGACUCCGCGUGAAGGAUAAGGAACCCACGUGUCGGAGAAGAGAAACGGUAAAUGCCGGGGAAUUUGGAACAUCUCUCGCGUCCAACCAGGAAAUGAAGCUGUAUUCGGCGACACUACGGCUCGCGCGCCCACGAGCAUCAUUCUCGCAGCCGUGUGUCGGGACUAUUUAAUUCUUUCUUCUUCUUCUUUUUUUUUUAUGUUACGUUAGACCGAUAUGAAUUCGAGGGCGAUGAUAUAAUAUCUGGGAAGACCGUGCGACACGCGUCAUAAAUUUUUUUUUUCUCUCUCUCCUCCUCUCGAGAUAACGCGGAAGUGUCGGGGAACGCAGAUGACAGAGCGACAUGACGGUGACAUAACGAUAAAUAAGCGAUUCGAGGAACAAAGACGAGAGACGAUGACUCCGUUUCCGCGUCCGCGGGCGGUAAAUUCAUUAAUCUUAAUUACGUGCGCCGCGUCAGUAAAGAGAUGACUCGUAAAAAAAGCGCAGGGUUUCGCAUCGGUUUCGUUGAUGUAAUCGAUCGCCGCGACGAUACGAUGCAAAAAGUGGGGAAAAUGCGCAAAAAGAAAAUACGUCUGCAUCUCGCGCAGAGGAAACACUGUUUCAGCUGUACGAUCUUCGUCUGUGACUGGCGAUUAAAGACACUAUUUAUGCCUCGCAGAUCUCAACCGUGCACUUUUUACACCUGUCUUCGUUCUUUGAUGCAUUAAUAUCACUUUUUUUUCUCUCUCUCUCUCUCUUGCGCGCGCGCGUUUCUCGACUAGAUAAUCGCGCGAGACGCAAGGCAUAAUCUCGCGAGAUUGCAUUGCAGUAAGACGCUUUAUCCGAGGUCGAUAAGAUAUAAUAUUGGCUCUCGGAUAAUCAUACGAUACACUCGCACACGCGGUGUACGAACAUUAGCGCUAAAUAUAGGCGACCCCCACUCCCCGCUUUCUUUCCUAAAGUGAUUUUUAACAUUUCGUCAAUGGCGCGGUCCCUCAGUCACACACGUUGCUUGCUCAUGGUGCCAGUUGCGUCUCACGAGACGUCCGAGACACUUGCGCUCGACGACUUUUUAUUCGCUUUUAAUUAGUCGGUUAGAGUGACAGUUUCGCGUGCACGAUUCGUCCAGCCUCUCGAGAACUUCGGGCGAAAGCGAACUCUCUCAAAGGCCGAUCCUGUUUACGAAUGGAUUUUGAUUUACGCUGCGUGGGGUCUUCCCCGGGAGUGGAGCGCGGAGUGCCGAUGCGAAGGGAAUAAUAGAUCGGCGCCAUGACACGCCCUUGUUGCAUCGUCGAGAUUGUUACCGUCGACUAGGUUUCACCGUAUCUCCGGCCCCGUAAUACACUUAUUAUUUAUGAAUGGAUGGAGCUGCGUCGGGAAUUGGAGGAGGAGCGGUUGCGGACCUGGGAAAUCUGGAAGGAUGGUGGUACAAUCCGGGGAUCGUGGCCUGGAGCUUCGUCCUCUUCGGCUGCUUUCUCCUCAACGCGACUCUUCUGCUCGCGUUUCUCGUCAGGCCAGGACUACGUACCAUCUCUAACAGAUUCGUGAUGAACCUAACCGUCUCGAAUCUGCUGACGUGCGCUGUGCUGAACCCGUUGCUGAUGAUGGACGGUCCGGCGGCGGGAGGCGCGACACUGACGACGGCGUCCACGCCGGACGACGUCGCGUCGUUGCUCGGCCCGUCGACGUCGACGUUCACGUCGGCCGCAUCGAGCAACUUCUGCGCGAUAUCGGAAGGCGCCACCGCGCUCGUCACCACGUCGUCGGUGCUGUCGGUCCUGCUGAUCGCCGUCGAUCAGUACUUCGCCGUGGUGGACCCGCUGCGUUACCGGGCGCGGAUCGACAAGCUCAAAUCGGCCGUGCUGAUCGUCACCGUCUGGCUGGUCUCGGUGGCCUUCGGCUUGAUCGCCGCCCUGAACCCGAGUCCGCGCAGCCUGUGGCUCUCCUGCGGCUCGACGUUGUCGAGCGGCAACGCGUCCUACCGCGAACACGCGCUCGCGUCAAACGUCACCGCGGCGACGUCGGCGGAGACGUCGAUCGAAUCCGCGUUCGCGUUCCUCGGCAACGGGACGAGCGAGGAGGAGGGGGAGGAGGAGGAGGUGAUGGUGAUCGACUCGACGAACUCCACCGUGUUCUGCGCCACGGGCAACGAUUCCGUGACCUACGGACUCAUCUACGCGCUCGUGCACAGCGUGUUCGCGUACCUGCUUCCGUUCGCCGGUAUCUGCUGGCUCUACUGGAGGAUCUACUCGGCCGCGCACCGAAACUCCGAGAGGACCCGCAGGACCGGCUCGCGACCGAUUCUCUCGUCGGGCAGCUUUAGCGAGGACCCGUACAGCUACACGAAGGCCCAGCCCGUCGACGUCUUCCCCGAGGAGUUUCGCAGAAUACCCAAGAUCUCGAGUCUCUCGUCCAUCGACGAGACGAGCGAGACCGCGCACUCGGCCAAUCAGAUAUCACGCCGGAAAUCCUUUUCGUCCUCCUCGGACGCGGUCGCGCAGACGGGGCCGAGCGACGAGAAGACGUCGUCGGGGAUCGUCUUCACGGUGGGACUGCAGCCGGUCGAGGUGUCGCGCGAUAACAGUCGGGAUCACGGUGACGGUAAUCCAACGGAGAUGGCGGAUCUGCAAACGGACUAUCUCGUCGGAAAGGAGCGCGGAAUGAUCUCGUCCUACGAGAGUCUCGUCGCGAGCAAGCUGCGCGAUUCGGAAGCGAUCGCGGAUCGUCGGAAGUCUUCGUGCGAUCUGACGGACGAGAUUCACGAAGAAUCCUCCUCCAGAUGGAUCACCGGAGCGGACUCGAGUGGCUCCGACUCCGAGGACGAUGAGCGACGUUACGAUUACUUUGAUUCCCUGAAAGUUCCUAGAACAACUCGCAAAAUCGCGGACCGAAGAUCCUCCGAUUGUCUCCUAUCGGUCGUCCGGUACGAGAGAUCGGAAGGGCCACACGGUGACGUGGACGCGGAAGAUCUCGAAGCGGGGGGCUCUUUCAAGACGACAGUCCGUUGCAUCGACGAGGACGAGAUCCCGGGUAAAACGAUCGAACGGGAACGAAUGCAGAGCGCAGAGACGCCGAAUUCCAGCGGCAAUGGCGCGGAGAACAAGAGAUCGAGACGACCCAGUCGACGCUUGUCGCGACCCGGCAUCUUCGAUCCCGCGAACGUGGAGAGCGUCGGGACCAACAGCCCCGAGUCCUCGUCCUGCCUCCUGACGCCCGUGGUGACGAUCACGCCGGCGCCCGGGAAACCGGGCACGCUGCACCGAGUGGCCAGUAUACGCAGCACCAGCAGCUACAUCAACUCUCUCAAGCACCGUAUCAGCAACGGCUCGUUGUUCAGGUAUCGCGAGGAGACCCGAGCGGCCAGGGUCAGCGCGCUCGUGAUCGUAAUGGGCUUGAUCUGCUGGUCGCCGUACGUGCUGCUGAGCUUGAUCAAGAACCUGCCGCCGUACUCGGACCACGUGUUCCCGCACAAGUACGACGUACUCGCGCUCAGCUUCCUGAUCCUGGCCGCCUACGCGAGUCCGUUGCUCUUUGGCUAUCGCUCCCGGCGGGUGAAGCGGGAGCUGCGCAAAUUCUUCUGCUUCCACCGCGAGCUCUCGUACAAGAACAACCGCAGCCUGAUGGCGAAGAAGGUGCUGAAGCGCCGGCACAGCAGCACCCUGAGUCAACUGGAGAUGGAUAACCGUUACAACAUCUUCAACUGCGUCUACGGCAGGAGCAAGUGGCCCAAAGAGAAGGUGCAGUUCGUCCAGGUGCCGGACACCGCCCUGGCCGUGGAGACCUGCAGAAGCAGCUUCUCCAGCGGCGCCAGUACACAGAUCUCCAGCACAUCCACGGAGGAGUGUUGAAUCGCGACGGAUCCCGCGAGACUGCGCGGGAUUCUACGCGGGAUCGCGAGAGAACUGACGAUUUCCUCGAUGAUCGACGCGAUGAUCAUGCGGGAGAGAAAAUACACGCGAUGCAGAGGACGACAGCGUGAAUCCCGCCUGUGUUUACGUACGUGGUACGAGAGACUUUGUGCGAUCGAGACAAUAAGAAGGCAUAAGUAAAUGCGGCUGGACAAAAAGGACAGUGCGUGCUUGGCCGACGUGUCGGGUCGGCGACAUACUUUUGCGGCUCGUCACGGUCUUUAAGUGUUCCAGAGACGUCGUCGUCUUUUAUUUUUGGAUAAUAUGGUGCGAAUGAGACCGAGUGACGCGAACGUUUGUGUACCGAGCAGUCGGCGGCUCGUCUUCUCUCCUCGUUCCCAAUUCUCCUAUAUGCGAAUCUAAUUGUCGCGUCAAAGGUUCUUCUUCUUCUUCUUCUUCUUCUUAUUCUUCUUCCGACAACACAUUCUUUCGCUUAUGUGUAACGAGAUCUGAUUCGGCACCAUUCGAAUAAAAGUUGCGUCGACGUGCAGUCGUUUUAUUUCGAAAACGGCGCGGAGUUUCGAAAAUUCGGCCGAGCCUCGAAUAAUAUCGCGGUAUCGUCGCCUUGCGCCGUAAUCAAAAUAAACACACAAACCUCAUUGCGUCUCGCGGAUUGGCAAACCGGCGCGUGAAACCGCUACUCUGUUUUAAACGGAAAUGCCCGUUUUAGUAUUAAGAGCAUUAUCACGCUAAGUCGUCAGGUGUUAGCCGGCUCGAGAAGUAUUAGAGUUCGCCGAACCCGAAAGGAGGCUUUAGUCUUUACGCUUAUUUUACGCACUACGUCCACACACGUACUUCCUCCACUCUCUCUUUUCUCUCUCCUCUCCCCCGCCCCCUCCCCACCAUCCGGUUUCCGUACUGUACGUCUGUCGACGUAAUUGCGACGGCCUCGUCCGGCGCACGCAGGUAAUUCGAUCUAGUUGCAGUGAUGUGCAACUCUCUCAAGUUGCUAUUUAUUUCGCAGAUAGCGUCGAACAUCCGUACGACGUAUGUAAAUAUAUGUACACAGCAUUUCUCAUGACAAAACCUCUCGUCGAGAGGCGUCGCCGUGCCCCGACGAGAGGACACCCCCAGCGACUCUUCCCUCUUCUCCCCCGCGAUCGUUUACUUUUGUACAUUACAACGUGGUAGAGACUCGUUUAUUUAUAUUAAAUAAUUUGUACAUAGAAAAGUAGCGGGCGAAUCUCAGGCGCUGCUAAUCCGCGUAACGUAGUACCAUUACUCGUAUCCCGCGUAGCGUUUCCUCAGCGUUACCUACGCGGUCCGUAUGUACAGUAGGACGUAUAAUGAUAUGUCAUAUUACCGUUUUGUAUUAUCCGCCAUGGUGAAACUCGACAGGCUGUCUGUGACAUGUGAUAACACCAAAAUAUUAGCCACUUAAUAUUGUUAGCUUAAUAUUAAUUUAUGUGACUUUCUCAAUAAAAUACUUUUUGCGAGAAUG